AUGGCCUCAAAACUCCUCUACAGCAACCCUCUCAACUCAACCUUCGACAUCUCCACCUGGAUAGCCGAAGGCCCCCUCACAGCCACCGCCAUAAACGGCACAAUCGAGCUUUCCGGCGCCGGAAACCCAGACGACUACUUCGUCUACUGGGUCCCUGAAGUUUUCCCCGACGAAAUUCGCAUCACGUGGGAAUUCUCUCCUCUCAACGAGCCCGGCUUGGCCAUGUUCUUCUUCGGCGCCGCAUCCGUCGCCAAUGAUGGGAAAGGUUCUAUCUUUGACCCCUCGCUUAAACCCCGAAAUGGGAGCUAUCCCCAGUAUCACUCUUCUGAUAUCAGGACUUUGCAUGCGUCGUAUUUUAGACGUCGAUGGCCCGAGGAGAGGGCGUUUUUGUUGGCGAAUUUGAGGAAGUCGCCGGGGUUUAAUCUGGUUUCUCAGGGGGUGGAUCCGCUGCCGCCGGUGAAGGAUGCGGCGGGGGCGUUUUAUACGAUUGAGGUUGUGAAGGAUAGGAGGGAGGUGAGGUUUUCGAUUAAUGGGUUGAAAGUCUUUUGA